CGGUGGAGCUGUUGACAUGUUUGAUUCCGAAAAGAGGACAGCAACAACGAGUUUGGCGCUUCUUUUCUCCCCCCCUCCACAAACACACAACUGCAUCGGUCGAGCUGUGCUGCGCAGUCGCGCUGCAACAAAUGACGCGGCUGCUACAGCGCUGCAGUUGAGUCGGUCAACCGACGGCCUUGCGCUCGCUGUGGAGGGUCCAGAACAGCCUGGGGCCAAACAAACAAAGGAAGACUUGCUGCGCUUUGCACGGCGCAUUCGCAUCGACACGCUUAAGCAACACGGAUACGGCCGACCAGAUAGAUCUCCAAGCAGCCAUGCCACCACGACCGCAACGGCUGGUGCGGCGCCAGCCGCUCAGCCAGAAAAUCCGCGCUAUGCUUAAUCCCAUGGACUUCUACCUCUGGCUGUCCGAGGAGAUUCAAACGUUCAACUGGGACUCACAGACGUUCGGCACGCGGUUUGGGCUGGUUGCCAACUUCGUCUUUCUACUCGCGAGAGCGAACGCCGGCGGUGCUAGCGGCGCCGUUGACGACGUGUUCGGCGAUGCCCCCGCCAACGGCUGGGUCAGCUUGCUGGCCAGCUUCCUCCAGUGGACAUUGAUAUCCAUUUCCGCCCUGAACGCCUUCUACACCAUGACACGAUCGCGCCACUACCGACUCUUCGAGAUGAAUGUCGAGGCAGCCGGACCGGGGACGCCCUCGGCGCAGCGCGUGCGCGUCGAUUCGUCCCCUGCCUCGUCGACCCCCCUGCGGCUUAUCCAGGAGGUUUUGAGACCCGAGACCGCCGAGCAACGAGCGCAUCCGGAUAGGACGCGCGACGUGUGGGAAAUGAAGGUGUGGGAUCCGUACCCGGCGACCUUGCGCAUGUUCUGCUUGUUCAGUCCCGGCCACGUCCUCAUCCACAUGCUCUUCCUGCCGCUGCCAACGCUCGAUCCCCGGCCGAGCGUUACCGUCUUCAAGUGCUUUCUUCUACAAGUCAUCCUCUCGGCACAAAUGCUACUCAUGCACUCUCGCUUCUCCCAGCAGAGCAAAGACACGGCCAUCAUUCAGAAGGAGGUUAUGCACGAGUAUGACGUGAAAUACGUACACCCGCGGCUGCAGCCUGUGGUCCGCGAAGUGGCAACCCAGGUGUCGAUUAACGAUGGCAAGAUCGAUCAGGAGGAGGUUACAGCCGGCACGCCGACCACCCUGAUUCGGCGGUCCUUCCAGACACAUCCCAACCCGAACUACACAAGAUACGUUGAUCCCGACGGCGGACAGCUCCCGCAAACCAGGACCACCAUGUCUCCCCAACUCCGGCCUGCUAUGUCGCCCGGCCCAUUCAGCCCGUCGAAGCCCAGCGCCUCAGGGAUGCGAUCUUUCGCUGCUCAGGUACAGCAGCACCGACAAUCAGCCCUCAGAAGGAGUUUCUCUCCCUCCGUAUCGGGAGGCGCAGAAGCCGACCCACCCACGCCUCUGGAUGUCACCCAGCCCUCCGCCACAUCCACCAGCACAGACACGGGCACGGGCACGGGCACGAACACCAGCACCGAUUUUAAACUGCCCCCCAACUCGGGCUUCGGCGGCAGCCUCGGCGUGUACACGCACAUGAACUCGCCGCUCAAGAAGGCGACGAGCCUUGGCGACAUGAACGGCGUGUACGCGUCGCCGCGCAACGGGCGCGAGAUGGCGGCGCUCGAGCAGCGCGAGCUCGCCGAGCGCAUGGUGCGCCAGAGCAGCCCGCUCAAGGAGGGCAACGGCGACAACCGGCGCGCGACGACGACGCAGCUGGACCCGAGCAGGUUCGCGCACUCGCCCGAGAAGCUGGCGCGCGCGCGGGCGAUGCGCUGGAUGCAGGAGAGGUUUCCUUCGCGCAGGGUUUAGUCUCACAGGGGCAUUUUGGAGGUGAUUCUCACUUGGCGGGCAACUUGGUGGAAACAACGCCUGCCUGUAUCAUCGUAUUAAGAACGGGGGUGGGCGGGCGUCCGGCCGUGGAUAUUUGGUUUUGGUCCUCUUAUAAAUUUACGCAUUUCCAGGCGUUGCUGGCGCCGUUGCGGAAAUAUAACCGCCUUUCUCACUUUCCGCUCAUAUCUAGCACUCUGGCAACGGGUGCACCCACCUAUCUACCCGCUGAUCCCGCCAGCGACACCUUUCUUUAAGACUCAGGUUGUUCAGUACUCGGCCAUCCGCCGCGUCCUGCAAAAAGUUCCACGCUCAGUAUACCCCCCCUUUCCUGUCCCUGUCGCUUCACUUCAAUUACAG